AUGGCAUCUAACAAAAUCUCGUUCUUCUUGGUUCUUUGCCUAUGUGUUCUCUCAAACACAGAGUUUGGAGAAGCACAAAACCCAACGGGAAGACCAUGCCCAGAUCCACACGGUGCGGACAAAAAUAGUGAAUGUGCUAUUUACUGUACUCGUCAAGGUUUUCUCGGUGGUUCUUGCCAAGGCUACACAGGCCAUUACAUGUGUGAAUGUUAUGAAGGAUAAGCUAAUAUCUCGCUGAUUCAAAUUUCUUCUCCUAUCUAAACAUAGAUCCUCUUGGAUACUUGUUUUGUCAGUUUCUUAUCAAAAUAAAAUUAAU